AAGCUUCUCGUCCUCGACCUUAACGGGCUGUUCAUCGAUCGUCGAAUCAAGAGACACGCGCCGACAAACUCGAAGGAAGUGACGGAGGACGCCAAAGUUGGCAACUUUUACGUGUACGAACGUCCACACAUGCGCGAGUUUAUUGAAUGGGUGCACACGCGGUUUGAAGUGGGCGUGUGGUCGAGCGCCAACUUUCGAAACACGACGAAUUUGGUAGACUACGUGUGGGGCGAGCACAAAAACAAAAUCGCAUUCGUUUGGGGGCAAGAAAGGUGCUCUGAUGUUGGCAUCGCGCCCUCAUCGACGUCGACGCGCCCAAUGUUUCUCAAAGAAUUGAAACACGUCUGGAAACUUAAAAGGAACACGGGGCUAUCUCACUUCAACAAAACGAAUACGCUUUUGAUUGACGACUCGCCUUACAAAGCCAUUCGAAACCCCGCGCACACCGCCAUCCAUCCGUGCGGAUUCACCACGGACGAUCGUGAGUCGGACGAUUUGUUGAGUGAACAUGGCGCGCUUCGCCAAUAUCUCGAGCGAUUGUCAGACGCAAAAUCUGUCCCUGACUUCGUGCAGACCAACCCGUGG